UAAGCCACAGCCUUUCUCCCAACAUUCUUAGCGGCGGCCGAAGGAAAAUGAAAACGGCCAUGUCGUGGUAGGGUUCAGUUCAGAGACGAGUGACUUAAAUCCACGGUGAACUCACCUAUUCGUGUAAUGUAGCCUUAAACUACAGCUCUGAAAACAAUACGUCUAAUCUACCGUCUACAAAAACAUAUCCUCCUGAAUUUACAACGUUUUAACGCAAGAGGACAAACAUGAGCGGAGGAGGGACGCCGUACAUUGGCAGUAAAAUUAGCCUAAUUUCCAAGGCCGAGAUCCGCUAUGAAGGAAUUUUGUAUACCAUUGAUACUGAAAACUCGACUGUAGCUCUUGCUAAAGUUCGUUCCUUUGGCACUGAAGACCGGCCCACGGAAAGGCCCAUUCCACCUCGAGAGGAGGUGUUUGAGUACAUCAUUUUCCGAGGGAGUGAUAUAAAGGAUCUAACUGUUUGUGAGCCACCCAAAGCUACUAGCUCCCCUCCCCAGGACCCUGCCAUAGUCCAGUCAUCAAUUGGAUCUGCCAGUGCUGCUCCACCAUCAUUCCCAUCUGCAGGGUCCUAUGCACCUUUCAGCAGGCCCCCUGUCUCAACUUAUGGCCAGUUUGGUGUUGCACCACAUGCUCAGCCAUUUGGAGCUGCUGGAGGAGGACACAAAAGUCCCCAACCAGACACUUUAACAAAAAGCUCAAGCUCUGAGCCAGGAGUGAAGCCUCCACCAUCGUCUGCCUCCGCUCCGUCGGCUCCUGUCGGGCAGAGGAGUCAAACAGUUCCAUCAGCUCCUAGACCCACCAGCACUGCCACCAGCAGCCAGAAGCCCCCAGACCUCCUGGAGCAGAGGAAAGCUCCUGAGGUUCAGAAAGUGCCCCAGCCUGAUGGUGAGCAUGGUGCUGUGGAAAACCGGGAUCCCAACAAGCGUCAACUUGUUUUUCCGGUUCUGUUCUCAGCUGCAGCUCAGUCUAUGCGCCGUGGCCGUGGAAAAGGAAACCGCAGCAGAGGCCGAGUGAAUGUUCGCAGAGACGGCACCGUGAAAUUUGAAGAAGACUUUGACUUUGAAACCGCCAAUGCCCAGUUCCACAAAGAUGAGAUUGACAAAGAGCUGCAGAACAAGCUCAAGCUGAAAGAUGAUAAAGUGCUGAAUGGAGAAGAGGCUGCUGAUUCAGAGCAUCCAGCUACUGAGGGAGCUGCGGAGGAGGAGGAGGCCGUGAUCAACUCAUGUUACUAUGACAAGUCCAAGUCCUUCUUCGAUAACCUGUCCUGUGAUGAUUCAAGUAAAAUGGGUGAAAGAGGAUUUUCAAGGGAGCGAAGGCCGACCUGGGCCGAGGAGAGACGCAUGAACGCCGAGACCUUCGGGAUCCCUCUGAGAUACAGUCGGGGCAGAGGUGGCUUCCGUGGCCGAGGCGGCAUGGGCCCCCGGGGGGGCCGCGGCCGACCGUCCAGCAGAGGCUCCUUUGGGCCACCUCGGGGUGCCCCCCCUGGAUUCAGAGGUGGAUUCAGAGGAGGACGAGGCGGACGAGAUUUUUCUGACUUUGAAUACAGGAAGGAGAAUAAAGUGGCUGCGUAGUACUGCAGCAAUGGAUCCACGAAGAAUUGUCGCCCCAUUAUGAAAUCCCCAUCAAAGAUUUUUUUCCCCAAAAAACAUCCUCAUUUGACAUAAAGAAUGAAGACCUCCUCUCAGUCACCAGCAUGAGCGUUGCCAGUUGAACAUGGGGAAAUGAAUUUAGUUUUGCCCCCGGUCAUUUGUUAGACAGUUACCAGAUGGACAAGAAAGACUGUAAAUACCUUGCUUUUGAGUAAAUCUGUAUUUCUGCAUCAAUCGAGUUCAUUUCAUACAGAGAUGAACUGAAAGCUGUUUGCGGAAAUCCCUCUGUUACUGUGAGUAGGUCACAGCCUGUGAUCUGUAGCUUUAUUUUUUUUGUUGAGUUUCUUUUUUGAUAUUUUGAUGUCAGCACCAAAAUUCACUGAAUCACCUGUCGCCUGUGUAUUUUUUUUUUUCCCAGUGAAGCAGUGUGAUCAAAGCCAGUUGAAGGAACUUCAAACUAAAUAUUGUACUGAAUGUAUUUAUAGCUCAUCUUCUGAUUUUCCCUUUUACAUAUGAUGGGUCAUUUCAGUCAUUUCUCAUUUUUGAACAAUGUGCAUAUAUUAAUUUCUGUUCAUCCUUUGGUCCUUCCAUAGCAUAAGAGAUGAGUGGUUUCUGCUAGUAGUGUUACAAAUUGAUCUGAAGGUGACAGUAUUUUUGAUUCAUCUUAGGCAUUUACAGCGUUACAGCUUUAUCAUAACGUGGUCCAUAGAGUUUUUGACAGCAUCUGUUAAUUGUAUGUUCAUGUACUCACUGUAGAAGGAAGGUAAAGGAUUUAUUUUUCUGAACCUGCAUCCAGAGUUACCUCAACAAAUAUGGAUUUGAAAUUUCAAAAUUUUAAUGGGAUAAAAUAGAUUACCUACAUGUACUCUUCUCAUUUCAGAACCUCCAAAUUGAACCUUUGUAGGUCCAGAACAUACUGAGCCAUCUUGUCUCACAGUGUUGCUGCAUUGUUCUGCUUUGUGAAUUUUUUUUUUUUUUAAUUCAUUAUCCACAGUCAGCUGUUUGAAAAACUAAGACCUAGCAGUGAUAAGUAGUUUACUGAACACGGGAAAGUGUGUGAAUGAUUGAAUGUUGUCUCAAAGGUGUUCGGUUCAGACAGCAGCACUUGUCCUAACCAGCUGUUUGUUGCUGCCCUCCUGGUUUGUUGUCAAUGCAUUUUUUUUUUUUUUUAAACUGUUUUUGGGUGAACAAAGGGAAAAGAACUGGAUGUUCGUGCCAGUGUGUUUGGGUUAGGUGGGAUGUCUUUUUCACCUAGCAGCUCUAAUUUGUAAGUACUUAAGGGGGUGCCUUCAGAGUGGUGAAUUUUUUUUACAGCUCUCCCUUUAACUCAAAGGUUCCCUUUUGACGAAAAUAUUUAUAGCACUACAAGGUGAAAUUAGACUCUGUCAGGAACUGUGGUAUUUUGGGACAAAUGCAACUGGAAAUUGCAAAUACUGCUGAUGAGUGCAAGUUGGCUGUCGGACGCAUCACUUUAUAUGAGCUUUUGCAAUAACCAGUGAGAUUGAAUUUGAGACAAAAAGUAUUACUGAACUAUUAAAAACUGACACAUUUUCAUAUGUUUGUUACUCCUUCACUGGAAUUGUGAACCAGGAAUUGUUUUGAGAAUAUCAGCAGAAUGGAGUUUUUACAUAAAGAGUUGUACAAUA